AGUAUAGUAAAGUUAGCGGCCGGUGUACGUGUAAGCGGCGUGUUCCGCGGAAUUAAUUGGUCAUGGAGACCGCUGCGAGCCACGGCGUGUGUCCGGUUUGCGGUAGAAACGCCACGCUGAAGUGCGGCAACUGCAGGCGCGAAUUUUAUUGCGACAAGUCGCACCAGUCCGAGGACUGGCCGCGUCACAGGUCCGCCUGCAGCGCCUGGAAGGUGGGUCACGCGCCCGAUCUCGGACGGCACCUGCUGGCGACCAGGGAUCUGGCGCCGGGCGACGUGAUUCUCUCGGAGACACCUUUGGUCUGGGGACCGUCGAUUCAUGCGAAUCAGCGACUAUGCGUCGGCUGCGGCGGGCAAUGCGGCGAGAUCGAUGUGAGAUGCGGAAGGUGUUGCUGGCCGGUGUGCAGGCCCGAUUGCGAGGGGCUGUUCGAUAAGAAGAGGCACGAGCUGGAGUGCGCUCUUCUUGCGUGCGCUAGAAUUAUUCCCAGAUGCGAAGUUCUUUUGGUGAUUCGCAUGCUGAUACUGUGGCGCACGAAGUCGAAACGCUGGAUGUCCUUGGCCAAUCUGCAGAGUCACGAGGACGCGCGGGGACCCGGCACGGAGGCUCACGACGAGGUGACGAGCAUAUGUCAGAAUCUCGGGCCGUUCUUGACGAUGACGUCCGACUGUAGAGAUAUUUUGCCGAAAAUCUGCGGCCUGAUCGACGUGAACGCGCUGGAGACCGCGCCACCGGAAGGCUCGGUGGCGAUUUACGAGAACGCGUCUCUUCUCGAGCACUCCUGCUUGGCGAAUACGCGACACAGUUUCCGCGUCGAUGAUAAAGGCAGGCCACGCAUCACGGUGUACGCGAUUACAUUGAUUAAAAAAGGAGAACACCUGAGUACUAUGUACACACACGCACUUUGGUCCACCAGAGUCAGGCGAGAGCAUCUUUUAGCCACAAAAUAUUUUACCUGUCGAUGCACACGUUGCGCUGACCCGACGGAGCUAGGCACGCACUUAGGCACCCUAAAGUGUCCCUGUAAAAAUGGUUUUAUGUUGCCGAACGAUCCUCUGAACUCGAAUACCGACUGGACCUGCAACGUGUGUCCGGGAAUAAUCACAUCUUCGGAAAUCGCGCAGUUGACGGAUAGACUGGAAGAGGAAGUUACGGAAGUCAUGAAGCAAGCGACCGAGCAUACUCUAUCUGAUCUUCUCUCACGACUGACGGUGCUGCUGCAUCCUGGCCAUCAACACUGCAUAUCCGUAAGCCACUCUUUGAUACAAUUACUGCCGCCGAGCGACCCACGGAAGUCAGAUUUGUGCAAACGCAUUAUGGACACGGUAACCCGAUUGGAUCCGUACGGUGCGCGUUUGACACUUUACACGGCGGUCACUCUACGAGAGCUCGCGUCGUGUCCUGGCGAGGACAAACAAGCCCUUCUCUCGAGAGCAGCCACGUUGCUGAAGACGGAGCCACCGAAUUCGCCCGGUGAAAAACUUCGCAGACUCAUCGAAAUAAAAUUUUAACUUUCUUAUACAGCUUGUAGCGAUAGAGGAUGAAUUCAAACAGAAUAGCUGUAUUUGAAUUAUUCGAACAUGAAGUAUAAAAGACGAGGGAGGAGUCUUGAUUUUUUUUACGAAAAAAUGUUCUAAGCGAUACUUCCGUGAAUAAUUACUAACAUCAAAAUUUAUUUAUUUCAUUUUCUCGACUUCAAAUAUAAUUUAUAUCCAAUACGAGUAACUGUAAAAGUAGCGAAAAUAUUCAAUGUACUUGUUUAGGGUAAGAAGUGUACAUAUAAAAAGACUUACAAUAUUAAAAUGUAAAGAAAAAAAAAUGUACAUAUAUGUUAUACAAAUAUCAAAAUACACGUUGAUGUACGCUUAUGGUCAUUCCGCGUUUGCCGCGGAUGCUGAUUGUACGUUGU